AUGGAGCCGGAUUCUUCACUUACAUACAACGUCCCUUCUGAUUUAAACAGGCGUUAUCCCUGUGACUAUGGAGGCGCCAUUAUGUCUGAAUAUAUCACCAGUCCAGAGCUUUAUACCAAUACUGGCAAAAAGAAAAGUAAACUUCGUCUCAAUGACCAGUUAAUACCAAAACCAACUGACAUAAAUGUGGCGGAAAAAAUGUCACAAAUUCCAACUCUAAGGGAACAUCCCUACUCAUCCCACAUCUCCCGGUUUGCAAUGUUCCCAUCCUUCCAGUCACCAGACGACCCGGUGACAGGAGUCAGAGCUGCCUCCCAACCUUACCCCAGCCGGCUCAUCCCGAACAGUGCACCAGACGUCACUCUGCAGAGCAAAACGUUUGGUGGCCCAUAUAGACAUGAAAUCUUGGAGACGCCAAUAAAAACCAAGCAGAAGGCCGUUAGGUGGACGGGAGAACACAGCUUCCGGGAUCAGUCCGACGCAUCGAAGGGGGAGAACCAAGUGUUCUACCCGACUCCUCCAAAGACGGUCCUGCCCAACCCCAAACUGCGUCACUGGGAUUUGUCUUUAUCUGAGCGGACGAGCAACAUGUUGAAAAAUCUGGAGAGGACACACUGGAUCACCUCUUACCAAAUGGACUACAAUGAAUCUGGGCCAGCCAAUCCUUUGAAAGUAGAUGACUUCGAGGAAAAAACGAGACUCAGUGGGAUCAUUUCACACACUGCAACACUGAGAGAAGGGUCUUAUCCUGUGUUUGUUCCCUCAAAACCAAAACACGCAUGUAGAAGAAGACAGGGGAGCCACGUGGGGAGGAGCACCUGCAGUCCCACUGCUGCUGAACUCCUGAAUACAUCCUCAGCUCGACAGCAAGGAGCCGCUACAGCUAUUAUAAACCAGCUUAGGCCACAAGAGAUCACAGCUCAGCAUAAUGAGGCCCCGGAUUUAAAUCCAAAGGGCCACAGUUGGUCCUUUGGAGCACAGAGGGAUGAGCCGUCCCAGGGGGCUUCACGCAGAGUAUCCAUGUCACAGAACAACCAAGAGGCAGAUAGAUCACAGCAGAACUUUAAAGUUGCAGGUAUUGAAUCACUUACUGAGUCACUAUCAAGAGCCCCUUCAGAACUGCAGAAACCAGCAGAGGGCAGAGAGCUGGCACACGGCAUCUCUAACCUCGGCAUCCUGCAGAGGCCUCGUGUCCUGCCCGGCAUCCGGCCAGGCGACAGCGCUGGGACUACGAGUGGAGCAAAUGCUCUCCUGGACCUUCAAAAUUCAUUCAGUAAGACGGCAGCACAUCGCAGGUUCAAUAACUCUAUCACACAUGCUGCUGUGGACCUGAGGGACAACGUGGUCACAGGGAGACAACACAACUUCUACGGGAUCAACUGCUGCUACUUGCAUGGAUAA